CACGUUCAGUCAAUCACUAAGAGUGAGGCUGAAAGGUGGCUGUUCUCUACGCUUGUCGGCCGGCCGGCUGCUUGUGAAGUUCCAGCCUCAUGGCGGAGAUAAUUCAGGAACGUAUAGAAGAUCGAAUCCCGGAGUUGGAACAGCUGGAGCGCAUCGGACUCUUCAGUCACGCGGAGAUUAAGGCUAUCAUCAAGAAGGCUUCCGACCUAGAAUACAAAAUACAUCGGAGAACCCUUCUCAAGGAAGACUUUAUCAACUAUGUUCAAUAUGAAAUUAAUCUUUUGGAGCUGAUCCAGAGAAGAAGAGCGAGAAUUAAAUAUUCAUUUAAGAAGGAUGAGAUUGAAUAUUCUAUGGUACAUCGGGUCCAGGGUGUCUUUGGUCGUGCUUCAGCGAAGUGGAAAGAUGAUGUUCAGCUUUGGCUCUCCUAUAUAGUUUUCUGUAAGAAAUGGGGUACCAAAACUCACCUUAGCAAGAUAUUCUCUGCCAUGCUUGCCAUUCACUCAAACAAGCCAGCUUUGUGGAUUAUGGCAGCCAAAUGGGAAAUGGAAGAUCGCUUGUCUUCAGAAAGUGCCAGGCAGUUAUUUCUUCGAGCUCUACGCUUUCAUCCCGAGUGUCCAAAGCUCUAUCAAGAAUACUUUAGGAUGGAGCUGAUGCAUGCUGAGAAACUGAGAAAGGAGAAGCAAGAAUUUGAAAAAGCCGCCAUGGACAUGGGGGAUUUUGAUCAUCCUGAAGAAAUCCUUAAAGGCGAGUUGGCACGGAUCAUUUAUAAAAAUUCUAUAAGCAAGAUUAAAGGUGCAGAAUUCCAUGUGUCACUUCUCGCUAUUGCUCAGCUAUUUGAUUUUGCCAAAGAUCUACAGAAGGAAAUUUAUGAUGACCUUCAAGCUCUGCACACCGAUGACCCACUCACUUGGGAUUAUGUGGCGCGGCGAGAAUUAGAGAUCGAGUCCCAACCAGGUGAAGAGCAGCCUGUGUCGAAACAAGCCAAAGCAGUGGAAAUGGGCCGAAGGGAAGAGAGGUGCUGUGCAGUGUAUGAGGAGGCAGUGAAGGCCCUGCCUACAGAGGCCAUGUGGAAGUGUUACAUCACCUUUUGCUUGGAGAGGUUUUCUAAGAAGACCAGUAGUGUGCCCCUCAGAGGGCAGAGGCUGGAAAGAACCAUGCUUGCAUUCAGGAAGGCCCAUGAACUGAAGCUGCUUUCUGAAGUCCAGUACAAGCAGUGGAUUGAUUUGUUGCUGCGCCAGGACCUCUUCAAAGAAGCCCUGCAGGUGGCAGAGGCUGGGACCGAAUUGUUCAAGGACUCUGUAGCAAUGUGGCAGACGAAGCUCCAGGUGCUCAUUGACUCAAAGAGCCCAGAUGUAGAGAUGCGCUUUGAGGAAGCCUUUGCACACCUCAAACCCCAGGUUUGCCUGCCCUUGUGGAUUUCUUGGGCAGAGUGGAGUGAAAGUGCUAAAAGCCAGGAGGACACGGAAGCCAUCUUUAAGAAAGCUAUUAUAGCUGUCACAGGUGCCAGUUCAGUAACUCUGAAGGAGAAAUACCUGGAUUGGGCCUAUCGGAGUGGAGGCUACAAAAAGGCCAGAGCAGUGUUUAAAAGUCUACAGGAAAGCCGUCCAUUUUCGGUUGAGUUUUUCAGGAAAAUGAUGCAGUUUGAAAAGGAGCAGGAACCCUGCAAGAUGGUAACCCUGAGGGAGUAUUACGAGAGGGCGCUGAGAGAGUUUGGCUCUUCAGACUCUGAUCUUUGGAUGGAUUACAUCAAGGAAGAAUUGAGCCACCCCUUCGGUAAACCUGAGAACUGCGGACAGAUCUAUUGGCGAGCCAUGAAAAUGCUGCAGGGACAGUCAGCAGAGCUGUUUGUAGCUAAACACGCCAUGCACCAGGCUGGCCACUAGUGGCCGAGAACCACCAGUUGGCUGAAGUUGUGAUGCAAGUCUCGGGGCAGGCUUGUGAUGAGCCGGUGUGUGAAUUGCCGAGAGCUGGCAGAAGAACGGAUUGAUUUCUGUAACAUACUUUUACUUGGUGUUAAUCUUUGGUUCCAGAAAUGAGAACUGCUAGUGCCUGUUAAAUCUAAAAUACACAGAAAUCAUAUGGUUCAGUUUCAAUUCUUGUUUCAGGCUAAGCAUAUACAGCUCUAAUCUAGACUAGGUAUGAGGGACCCAGUUCAAACCCAAGAGAAAGUAUAGUUUUGUGUGUUGUCUUCUUUUUGUGAAAGCCUGCAUGAUACCUGUGGAGCUAGUAGGGACGAGGGUGUGGAUGGACUGCCUCAACCCUCCAGCUCCCAAAUACUGAAUAAGAGACUUUAUUUAUGAAAGCUUAGUCCUUAUGGCUUAGCCAUGUUUACCAUAUGGCUGAUCACCUCUCCUCAGCCCCGUACGUUCAAGUUCCAAGUCUGGUGGGCAGAUCUCCCACCUCUCAAUUCUUCCCAGAGUUCCGAUCUCUUCUUGGAUGUCCCGCCCUUCCUCUCCUGCCCUGCUAAAGGCCAUCAGCUGUUUAUCAAACAAAUCAGAAGUGAUAGAGGAGAAUGGUUACAAUCUACAAUGCAGGUGAUGCUUCAUAAAAAUAACAGUACCAAAGUCCGGACAGCACUCGGCACUCUACUGGUUCAGAGAUCAACAUCUGAAUACUACAAAGACAGCCUGUACACAGUGCCCACGAUUAUCCCAACACUAGGCCAGUGCAGAGCAGAAAGUCCUCGGUGAGCUACGUGAGGCUGAACAGUGACUUCUUUUCCUGUAUCUGAAUUGGAUCUGUACUUUUAAAUCAACCAUUCAAGAAAUAUGCACCUUCCUUCACCUGCAGGAAAAAGGGAGACUUGGAAGAUGAGUGACAGAGAAGGAGGUGCUGGGUAUUGGGAGAAGUUUGUCUUUUAAGAAGGUUAAGGUGGCACAGGAAACGAUUUACCCCAAGGAUGGACAGGUCAAGAAUGCAUGGAGGAUGCCCAGCUUUGUGGCGGGGGGAGGGAGUGGGAAGUCCCACAGUGGGGGGUGGAGGGGCGGAGGGGCGGCUUGGCACAAAGGAGGGCAUUUGGGGAGUAAGGGAGAAAGCUGAAAUAAAUCCUUUCACUUUUUUUGAUACUGGA